AUGGUUUCCUGUUUCAUGGAGUCUCUCAGUGUCCUGGGUUCCCUCCUGCUGCUUGGACUCCAGCUCGUCUGCCCGCAGCCCUCCACUGAACACAGAAAGGUCCCGCAGCGGAUGGCUGUGGCCGAGGGCGCCGCGGAGGACGGCGGCGGCGGCGCCCCGGGCGUGUGGGGCUCCUGGGGCCCCUGGUCCGCCUGCUCGCGCAGCUGCAGCGGCGGCGUGAUGGAGCAGACGCGGCCCUGCCUGCCCAGCUCGUUCCGCGCACGCGGGGGCCCGCGGCCCGGAGCCCCCGCGCGCGCCUUCGCGGGCCACGUGGUGUCAGCCGUGCGCACGUCGGUGCCGCUUCACCGGAGCCGCGAGGAGACACGCGCCCCUGCCGGCCUCAACUCCAGUCGCCAGGGCCCGGCGCUGCGAGGCAGCCGGCACCCGCAGGCCCGGGGCCGCGAACCCACGGCGGAGAGAAGGAGCAGGACCCGAGGUCCCAUCGGCCCUGGCAAGUAUGGUUAUGGGAAAGCCCCGUACAUCUUACCAUUGCAGACAGAUUCUGCACACCCACCCCAGAGGCUUCGGCGGCAGAAGCCCUCACCCCGGAAUCCCAGGUCCCAGGGGGCCUCUGGCUCUAGCCAUGGCUACCACCCUUCAGCUCACCAGGGCCCCCAGCAUGGACCUCUGUACCAGAGUGACAGUGGCCCGCAUUCUGGACUGCAAGCCUCAGAGGGCUCUGUCUACCAGCUGCCUUUGACCCGUGACCAAGGCUUCCCUGCAGCCUCCAGUCUCUUCCACAGCCAGGAAGCAAGCAGCAGCCCUGGGCCGGGGGCCCCCAGGGCAGCUCAGAGCUUCUCCCAGCCCACCAGAUCUACAGCCAUCUCCUGCAUCGGGGCCUAUCGGCAGUACAAGCUGUGCAACACGAACGUGUGUCCAGAAAGCAGUAGAAGUAUCUGGGAGGUACAGUGUGCAUCCUACAACAACAAGCCGUUCAUGGGCCGUUUUUAUGAAUGGGAACCAUUUGCAGAAGUCAAGGGCAACCGGAAGUGUGAGCUGAACUGCCAGGCGAUGGGCUAUCGCUUCUAUGUGCGGCAAGCUGAGAAGGUCAUUGAUGGCACCCCCUGCGACCAGAAUGGCACAGCCAUCUGUGUUUCCGGGCAGUGCAAGAGCAUUGGCUGUGAUGACUACCUAGGCUCCGACAAAGUCGUGGACAAGUGCGGGGUGUGCGGAGGCGACAACACAGGCUGCCAGGUCGUGUCGGGUGUCUUUAAGCAUGCCCUCACCAGCCUGGGCUACCACCGCGUUGUGGAGAUUCCCCAAGGAGCCACAAAGAUCAACAUCACCGAGAUGUACAAGAGCAACAACUAUUUGGCCUUGCGAAGUCGUUCUGGCCGCUCCAUCAUCAAUGGGAACUGGGCAAUUGACCGGCCCGGAAAAUACGAGGGCGGAGGGACCAUGUUCACGUACAAGCGUCCAAAUGAGAUUUCGAGCACUGCCGGAGAGUCCUUUUUGGCUGAAGGUCCCACUAAUGAGAUCUUGGAUGUCUAUAUGAUACACCAGCAGCCUAACCCAGGAGUCCACUACGAGUACGUUAUCAUGGGGAACAACGCCAUCAGCCCACAGGUGCCACCUCACAGGAGACCAGGGGAGCCCUUCAACGGCCAGCUGGUAUCAGAAGGGAGGAGCCAGCAGGAGGGAAAAGAGAAAGAGGGGGACCAGGAGAAGGCAGACGCGCACGGCGGGGCACCGGAAAUGUUCACGUCGGAAUCAGCACAGACCUUCCCGGUCAGGCAGCCAGACAGAUUCUCUCCCCACCGGCCGGACAGUGUGGUGCCGCCGGCUCCACAGCCCCCUCGGCGGAGCCGGGAUCACAACUGGAAGCAGCUGGGUACCUCAGAGUGCUCGACCACCUGCGGGAAAGGAUCGCAGUACCCUAUUUUUCGCUGUGUGCACAGAAACACUCACGAAGAGGUUCCCGAGAGCUACUGUGACUCGACCAUGAAGCCGACCCCCGAGGAGGAGCCCUGCAACAUCUUCCCUUGCCCAGCCUUCUGGGACAUCGGGGAGUGGUCCGAGUGCAGCAAAACCUGCGGCCUGGGCAUGCAGCACCGCCAGGUCCUGUGUCGCCAGGUGUACGCCAACCGCAGCCUGACGGUGCAGCCCUACCGCUGCCAGCACCUGGAGAAGCCCGACACCGCCAGCACCUGCCAGCUCAAGAUCUGCAGCGAGUGGCAGAUCCGGACGGACUGGACCUCGUGUUCGGUGCCCUGUGGAGUGGGACAGAGGACCCGGGACGUGAAGUGUGUGAGCAACAUCGGGGACGUGGUCGACGACGAGGAAUGCAACAUGAAGCUCCGGCCCAAUGACAUUGAGAACUGCGACAUGGGCCCCUGCGCCAAAAGCUGGUUCCUGACCGAGUGGAGUGAGAGGUGCUCGGCGGAGUGCGGGGCUGGAGUGCGGACGCGCUCGGUGGUGUGCAUGACCAACCACGUCGGCAGCCUGCCCUUGGAGGGCUGCGGGAGCAACCGGCCGGCAGACGCCACCCCGUGUGACAACGGGCCCUGCACCGGCAAGGUGGAGUGGUUUGCGGGGAGCUGGAGUCAGUGUUCCAUCGAGUGUGGGAGCGGGACCCAGCAGAGGGAGGUGAUCUGUGUUAGGAAGAACACAGACGCCUUUGAAGUGCUGGACCCCUAUGAAUGUUCCUUUCUGGAGAAACCCCCCAGCCAGCAACCAUGCCACCUCAAGCCCUGCGGGGCCAAAUGGUUUAACACAGAAUGGAGCAUGUGUUCCAAGAGCUGUCAGGGUGGUUUCCGCGUCCGGGAAGUACGCUGUCUGGCAGAUGACAUGACCCUAAGUAAUCUCUGUGACCCUCAGUUGAAACCAGAAGAAAAAGAAUCCUGUAACCCUCAGGAGUGUGUCCCUGAAGUUGAUGAAAACUGCAAGGACCGGUAUUACAACUGCAACGUGGUGGUCCAGGCCAGACUCUGUGUCUAUAACUACUACAAGACCGCCUGCUGCGCCUCCUGCACGCGUGUGGCCAACAGGCACUCGGGCUUCCUCGGGAGCAGAUAA